AUGGUCUGGCUCAAGGCAUUCAACCUUGGGAUAGUGUUCCUUUACGGGGUGUGGACACAGCCUGCGCAUGCAGGCAAUACCACAUGCGCAAGCAGCCAGUUAGACUGGUAUACAGACAUGGUCGGAGAGUCUCCUUGCGUGACCUACCAGCGGCUGCGCCAAAUAUGCAACCAGGACUAUCAAGUUUCCAAUUUCAAGUCAAGUGUACCCGGAGAUCUCUGUGAUGAUGAAGUUGUCGCAUACCAAUUAAGCAUGCUUUGCAUGAACUGUCAGUGGGACCUCAAGCUCGGCAACCAGGAAGGAUGCGAUGCGCAACAAUUGUGGUGCUGGGACAAACAAUUCCCGAAUUCCUUUAUCAAGAUUGGGGCGCUGGCGAAUGGGCAUAAAUUCAACGGGAUUGUCGAUAACAUACGCUCCUUCUCGCACAGCGCCUACUCAAGAGAAAGGGCGGGAUUAGAGGCUGCUCAGACCAACAAUAACAUAUUCACCCACUGUCCUAAUCAGAUCAUAACCGUGUCUACGCCUACUUCCGCCUCCAAUCCAAUGUCGGGCGUUCCUAUAACCGAAUCAGCAACCACGUUCGCUUUCACCUCUAAUUCAGUGUUGGGCGGUCCUUCAAGCGAACCACCAACCACGAUCACGGCGACUUCGAACUCACCGUCUGGCGACGCUACACCAUCCGCGGGGGACAACGUGAGACACAGCAAUCAUAAAUCGCACGCUAAUGUCGGCGCUAUUGUCGGAGGCGUAGCCGGGGCCGCUGGCGCUGUCGCAAUCAUUGGAGGGCUCAUCGUGUUGUGGAGGAGGAGAAAACAACGGCACGGUAUCCGGGAUGGCGAAAACCCUACAACACAACGGCACCACAGCUACGGAUACCGGGCGGUGCUCUCUACCAGCAUGGGCGAGCCCAUAGGGGCGAGCUUUGGUAGUCCCGCUCUUGAGGGCUUCCGCGGGAAUGCAGAUCACUCACCUCCCGCGUAUGGCUCAUGGCAACCUGCAGUGGCAGCCAGUAACCCACCAAUCCCCCCAAUUUCCUCGACGCCGGGGCCGAACGUGAACGCUCCGCCACGAUCUCGUAUGGUUUGGUCAGAGCUGCCCUCGAGAACGCAGCCAUUGGAAGAGAAGUGGAGGGGGUACUAG